AACUCCCGGCUGGCGGCGUGCGCGCGUGCGCAGCGCGGGCAGCGGAGGCAUGUCGGCGCUACGCUGGACCCGAGGUGCUGCGGGCUUUGGCAGGGCGUUGAGCUCCUCUGGGCGCCGCUGCCAGACCUCGGAGGAAGGGACCCUCAGUGGCCUCUGCAGCUCAAGAAAGCGCUCUGCUGCAAGUCCCCGCGAGCAAGAUGUCCAGAAGGAGUGGGGCCAUGCUGAGCUUCUGGAAGUGCUGGAGGCUCGGGUACAGCAGCUGCGGGCGGAGAGCACAUCUGAGGUGAUGGUGAGGAAGGUGCAGGUGGACCGGCCCCCAGAGGGCCACAGUAGACACUGGGCACAAAAGCUGGAGGUGGAGAGACAAUUGAAGCAGAAACGCCAGGAGCUUCUUGACUCACAGCAGAAGGAGUCCCUCACGUUGCAGACAGAGCCCCGGCUCUGGAGCAAGAAGCUGGCUGGCUGCCUGCAGCAAAGGAGGAAGAAGGCACCCAAGAGCUCGGAGGAGGAGGAGGAGCAGCUGACCCAGGCCCUGAAGGCCGCCCUGCCAAAGCUCAGUCCCUGCACCCUGGCUAAGAUGAAGGCCACAGCUGUGGAGCCCAACAUCUUGCUCCUCCAGCAAAAGUUUAUGGAUUUCUUUGAGUGUUGUAUCUGCACCGACAACGUGCCGCUUGCCCACCAUGUGCUAAUCAUUCAGCACAACAAGUGUGAUAAGCAGCAGCUGCUCACCCUGGACAUGUAUAACACGGUGAUGCUCGGCUGGGCCCGCAAGGGCUCCUUCAAGGAGCUAGUGUAUGUGUUCUUCAUGCUGAAGGAUGCUGGUCUCUCCCCAAACCUGUGGUCCUAUGCAGCCGCACUCCAGUGCAUGGGACGCAGGGACCAGGAUGUCCACAUCAUUCAGAGGUGUCUGAAGCAGAUGAUAGAAGAAGGCUUCCAGCCUCAGCAGCUCUUCACCGACUUGGUUCUGGCAGGGGAGGAGCGGGCCGCACUACUGAGAGCAGUGGUCAAGGCUAAGCCUACCUUCAGUUUGCCCCCACAGGCCCCAAACCCGGUCAACACAUCUACACUCCUCAAGGAGGUCUAUGACAAGAAGGGUCCCAAGUCCUACCCGAAGUUGCACCUGCCCCUGGAGACCCUGCAGGACCUCUUCCACCAGCAGCUUAAUGUGGAGCUGAGUGCCAACGUCUGUGUCCAGUCAGUGGAGAAGGCCCCAGUAAUGACCAAGGAGGUCAUUGAGGCGCGGAAGACCCUGAAGACACUGCAAGGGCAGUGGGAAGUGGAGCUUCUGCAAGUGUUGCAGCGGACCAAGGCCACCAUGGCCUACCAGGCGCGGGAAGGCCAGCCCACACUCUACCCCUUCCUCUGCCUGCUCAGUGAAGGGGAGUUCGUGAGCAUGCUGAUGCAGGUUCUGCGGUUGCUGCCGGCACAGGGUGAGCCUCUCCUCCACCUGGCCCAUGACUUAGGCCUUCGGGUCAUAAAUCGACAUUUGGUGAAGCAGAAGCAGGUCACCAAACACGUGCAGAAACUGGGGCAGCAUUACUCACAAUACCUCCAGCUCCUGGCUUCCGACACACAGGUGGAGGUGCCCUGCCUUCCUCGGGAGUACUGGGAAUCACUGGGCCCACUGGAGACCCCGCUGCAGCAGCCCUGGUCCCUGGCAGUGCUGCUACAUCUGGGCAAGCAGCUGGCUGAGAUGAUGGUGCAGGCAGUGCGGAUGCCACGCAACCUGGCCGUCCCACAGGGUUCAUGCCGCCUCAUCCCAGUGCUCUACCAUGUGUAUUCCUUCCGAAGCUACCGCCAGAUCGGCAUCCUUAAGCCUCACCCAGCCUUCUCGCAGCUGCUAGAGACAGCAGCGGAGCCCACACUGACCUUUGAGACCACAGAAGUGCCUAUGUUGUGCCCACCGUUGCCCUGGAUGUCACCACACACUGGGGCCUACCUGUUGAACUCCACCAAAAUGAUGCGUGCCACAGAGGGCACCACGCAGCACCAGCAUCUCCUGGAGAGCUGUGCUCCCGCCCAACUGCACGGUGCCCUGGACACGCUCACUCAGCUGGGGAACUGCGCCUGGCGUGUCAACGGGCGACUGCUGGACUUGGUGCUACAGAUCUUCAGGGACAAGGGUUGUAAGCGCCUGGGCGUUCCUCCUCCACGCUCAGAGGCGCCACUGCCGGCUCAGCAGCACCUGCCACCUGGAGCCACCCCUUUGCACAAGGCAGAACUUCGGAAGGAGUUGGCACGCUGCCUCAAAGCUGCUCGGGAGAUGCACAGCCUGCGCAGCGAAGCCUUGUAUCGCCUGUCGCUGGCACAGCACCUACGGAACCGUGUCUUUUGGCUGCCACACAACAUGGACUUCCGCGGCCGCACCUACCCCUGCCCGCCAUACUUCAACCAUCUGGGCAGUGACCUAGCACGUGCUCUGUUGGAGUUUGCUGAGGGCCGGCCACUGGGGCCACGUGGCCUCGACUGGCUCAAGAUCCACCUUGUCAACCUUACUGGCCUCAGGAAGCGUGACUCGCUGCGCAUGCGCCUGGCUUUUGCGGAUGAGGUCAUGGAAGAGAUCUUGGACUCUGCAGACAACCCCAUGACGGGCCGGAAGUGGUGGAUGGAAGCUGAUGAGCCCUGGCAGACCCUGGCCUGCUGCAUGGAGGUGGCACAAGCAGUCCGGUCCCCAGAUCCCACUGCCUAUAUCUCCCACCUGCCGGUUCAUCAGGAUGGCUCCUGCAAUGGCUUGCAGCAUUAUGCCGCACUGGGCCGGGACAAUGCCGGUGCUGCCUCAGUCAACCUAAUGCCCUCGGACCUGCCCCAGGAUGUGUACAGGGAGGUGGCAGCACAGGUGGAGGAGCUCCGCCAGCAGGACGCCAAGGAGGGGCUACAGGUGGCCCAGGUGCUGAAGGGCUUCAUCACUCGCAAGGUGGUGAAGCAGACCGUAAUGACUGUGGUGUAUGGGGUCACCCGUUACGGUGGUCGCCUGCAGAUAGAGAAGCGUCUGCGUGAACUCAGCGACUUCCCCCAGGAGUUUGUCUGGGAAGCCUCACACUACCUCGUGCGCCUGGUCUUCAAAAGCUUACAGGAGAUGUUCUCCAGCACCCGGGCCAUCCAGCACUGGCUGACGGAGAGUGCCAACCUCAUCUCUCACACGGGCUGGCCUGUGGAGUGGGUCACACCCCUGGGUAUCCCCAUCAUACAGCCCUAUCACCGUGAAGCCAAGGUCCAGGUGAAAGGUGGCAUCCAGAGUCUUACCUUUACCAGCUCGAUGGACAUUAGCCAGAAGCCCAACACUCUGAAGCAGAAGAAUGGCUUCCCGCCCAACUUCAUCCACUCCCUGGACUCCUCCCACAUGAUGCUGACUGCCCUGCACUGCUACAGGAAGGGCCUGACCUUCGUCUCUGUGCAUGACUGCUUCUGGACACAUGCCGCUGACAUCCCGGUGAUGAAUGAGGUGUGUCGUGAGCAGUUUGUGCGCCUACAUAGCCAGCCCAUCCUAGAAGACCUGGCUAAGUUCCUGGAGAAGCGCUUCUGCUCCAUCUCCAGUUCCCUGAAGCCCUCAGAACUUGCUCUGACCAACAAACUGCAGAAGACACUACAGUCCUUGCCAAAGACUGGUACCUUCGAUCUGAGGCAGGUGAUGAAAUCCACCUACUUCUUCAGUUGACCCAUCCCGAGCUGUCCCUAGACCUGUGCAUAAUGUAAAUACAUUAAAG